AUGGGUGAGAAGUACACUCCUUUAGAGCCACUUUUGGUGAAGAAAGAGCAUGUGGAACGGUGUAGGUUCUCAAACUGGAGUAAACUAUUCCCGGGGCAGGUUCCCAAAUCAAGGGUUAUCAAACCUCUUCCUCGUGAGUUUAUAAAGUAUUUGGAGCAAGAUGGGAUUAAGUUGCCCGAUUUUGACCAGGAAAAGUCGACUUAUACAAGUGAAAUUGCUAGAAAUGAGGAUAAUGAAUACAGUGAUUGGGAAGAUGAUGAUGGGGUAGAUGAUACAAAAGUUGUACGUGUGGAUCCGAUCAAAGACUUCCCUAAACUACAUGAGGAGAUAAGUCUUGCAAUUAAUGAUCUUGGGUCUGUGGCUCCAAAACUCAACUGGUCUGCUCCAAGAGAUGCCACUUGGAUGCUUCCCAAUAAUACGAUGAAAUGUACAGAAAUCAAUGAGGUGUAUUUACUGCUCAAUGCUUCCAACUAUAUCAUGCAUGAUCUUCAACAUGCAUUUGAGGGAUGUGAGGACUUUACAACAGAUGACAGGAGACCUGAAUACGAGCUGGUCUUGAGACAAUGGUUUGAUAUUAACCCUGCCCUCGAGUUCAGAGUAUUCAUCAGAAACGGUAAGGUGCUUGGGGCGACACAGCGAGAUCUCAAUUACUAUACUUUUCUCGAACCAUUAGUUGAUGAUUUCAAAGAUACAAUAGAUGAAUUUGUUUAUGACACUUUUCUUACCAAGUUUUCUGAGAAAUCUUGUGUGAUUGAUAUUUACAUUCCAAGACCGUACAACAAGUUAUUUCUAAUAGACGUGAACCCUUUCUCCAGGAAAACGGAUGCAUUGAUGUUCUCUUGGAAUGAACUUCUGACCAAAGAAGUAAACGAAAAUGAGGACUAUGAACUUAGAAUUGUACCAGAGAAUAAUGUAGCAAGAUUCGCGACAAAAGAACACUCAGAGAAUCAUGUACCCAAGGAUGUCCUAGAAGCCAGUUUAAAUCCCGAGGCAAUCAAAGAGCUAAGUGAAAAAUGGCAGGAAUUAUUGCGCUGCCAGGAACUUGAGGAUGAUAGCGACAAUGAAUGA